GCCUUUCGCCUCCUCCCGCCAGCUGAAAACCGGAAAUGUGGAGUCGCUGUGUUCGGCGGCUCCUGUGUUCUGAGGGCAAUGAGGGCCACCGGUUUUCGAGCCUCGGCGGGGUUUUUUCGCCGGCCUUGCGGAGAGAUUUCUUCACCACCACAACCAAGGAAGGAUAUGAUAUGAGGCGAGUGGACAUAACUCCUUUAGAACAAAGGAAAUUAACUUUUGAUACCCAUGCACUCGUUCAGGAUUUGGAAACUCAUGGAUUUGACAAAGCACAAGCAGAAACAAUUGUAUCAGCAUUAACCACUUUAUCAAAUAUCAGCCUGGAUAGUAUCUACAAGGAGAUGGUUACUCGAACUCAACAGGAAAUAACAGUACAACAACUAAUGUCUCAUUUGGACUCCAUCAGGAAAGACAUGGUCAUCCUAGAAAAAAGUGAAUUUGCAAAUCUGAGAGCAGAGAAUCAGAAAAUGAAAACUGAAUUGGAACAAGUUAAGCAACAACUGAUCAAUGAAACCAGUCAAAUCAGAGCAGACAAUAAACUGGACAUCAACCUAGAAAGGAGCAGAGUAACUGAUAUGUUUACAGAUCAAGAAAAGAAACUGAUGGAAGCAACCACAGAAUUUACCAGCAAGGAUACCAAAACCAGAAGUAUUAUUUCCGAGACCAGUAAUAAGAUUGACACUGAAAUUGCUUCUUUGAAAACACUGAUGGAGUCUAACAAGCUUGAAACAAUUCGCUACCUUGCAGCCUCAGUGUUUACUUGCCUGGCAAUAGCAUUGGGAUUUUACAGAAUCUGGAAAUAGUUGAGAAACUAGGAUAGCAUGCUGCUGCUGCUGCGGACUUGAGAACACUACGCCAGGCUACAUUUACUCUGAACACAGAAGUUGCAGCAGAUACUCAAUACAACAAGAUUAUUCAGAGUACAUAUGGACUAAAAAAUAUUUUUAAAUGGUAAGAUAUGCUUUGAGUUGGUGUUUUGUGUGUGUCUUUAUUUUAUUAUGUUGAAAAGCUGUCAUUCAAAACCUGAUUGAGAUAAAGAGGCUUUUUGUCUUUAUCCCUUUCAUAGUUCAUAGAAACUGAUCCAGAGUUCUCUUGUGUUUGCUUGAACAAAUGUGUAUCAUUUAGGAUUUCUUUGAUGUCUGCUGCAAAUUUAAAAACUACUCCCAAGCCUACAUCCUUGUUAUUGUAUUCAGCUUCCCUGGUAACUACUGCACAGUUACCUUUUCAUAAAAAAUAAAAUCUUGUUCUAACAAAGUUGCUUGGAUUUUCAAGGCAACUUACCAUAUAUGGAGAUUGGGUUUCUUGGUAGUAAAUUAAAACAAGGAACUUUAAAAUAAUGUGUGCCCUAGUGCAACUGUAGGACACCUGGUAUGAAAUCUUCGAGUUGCUAUAUCUUGAGCUCUGAUUAUUACAUAUACUUAAAAAUUUUUGAAUUCACAAAUACCAGUUUAUCCCUGCUUCUUAGGGACCCAUCUUAAAUUUAUUACAUAAAAUGAAGAGGUGGGUUUUUUUUUAAUGAUUCACUUAAAUUCAGUAAACUUCUGCUUGGUGACUAAGUACACCAAGCAGGAUUAUAUAAGGACCAGUCAAGAGUCAGUAGGGUUUUCUUCACCGUAUUUGAAAAAUAAAUCAAAGUUUAUAAUUCCCAUUUUUGUCAGUCUUCAAGAAUUUAGAUACAUGAAUAUUUAACAGUAUGUAGUAUUUUUUUAAUAUAAAGAAAAAACCCAAGCAAUGGAAAAAGCAGUGUCACCAACGCUGAACUUAGUGAUUGUCGUUGUUGAAUAAUAGCUGCUAUUGACUGUACAAGAGGGAAUGUGCUAAAUAAUCUGUGCCAGCUCACCUUUUCUUUUUUU